CUCACCGAUCCAAACCAGUUCCUUUUGUUGUUUCGCUUGAGUUGGCAGCACCCGCUCUGAAAUUCAGUUACUUUGACAACGGCCAAAGUGCCAAAACAACAAGCCGAAAAUUGCAGGCUGGUUUUCAGAAUCUAAAAUAACCAGGAAUAUAAGGCUUAAAUAAAAAGGCCGAGAUUUAAAAGCGACUAUAGGCAUUGAUGGCGGAGGUGCACAUAAUUGGACAGAUAUUAAAAGCAGUUGACUUUGCCGAGCCGCACCUUUACUGCAAGUGGAGCCUGCAAAGCGGAAACGCUUGGCGCCUAGUUCAGGGCGAGGUGCAGGGCCAGAGCCACGUGACGGCGCACCGACUGCAGGACUGCUCGGACUUUGCCCAGCCCCUGGACAUCCACUUGAGCACCGCCUCCGUCCAAGGCUGGCCCCGUCUGCUGGUGGAGGUGUACGCCGUGAACGUUCUUCAGCAGUCCUGGCCCGUCGGCUACGGCUUCGUGCACGUCCCCUCCAGUCCCGGAUCCCACCGCCUGGAGAUCAGCACCUGGAAGGUCGCCCCAAACGGUCUGUGGCAGUCGCUUCGGGAGCGGUUUGGGGGAGGAGGAGCAGCCCUAAGCAAGAUUGAUCUGCUGUACUCAGGAGUUGAGCGAUACAAGCUGCAAACCGUGAGUUCUGGAAAAGUCAUUGUUGAACUUAACUUGGUAUUUCGAAAGUUUGAAGAAUACGGCGUGGAGUUUAAGUAGCCAUGAACUG